ACGGUGAAAUUUGCUCCAAUCUUCUCGGAACGGAUUAGUAGUUUGGCGAAUGGGAAAGGGGAUUCGACCGUAAAUUCAUUCUCCUGCGCAACGUGUGCACUAGUGGCGGAAGAGGGAAACCAACUUGCAGGGUACCCGCGCGUUGCGGUGGCGUGAUCACAGCGUCCAUUGUUUGGGCUUUUCGCAGGUUGCGUGUGGCGGCUGCUGGUGCGGAAAGGAAAGUGUGUUAAAGCAGGUAAUUCACCCUUCGGUCGUUUGCCAAGACCACCCAAAGUACUGUUGGGGUUGCGCCGGAUUAGUUUUCCGUACGGGCCCCACGCAACUUUACCCAGGGAAGGGAUUCUGGGAACGCAAAUAUCAGAGAAAGACAGACGCUUAUAGAACGUCGGCGAGGGCGUGACAAGCGAAGGAGCGAAUGAGACGGCAACUGUGGAAAAGAUUCGCCUAACCUCGGAAAAAUAGCCAACAAGGAUCCAAAGCGGCCGCUCUGUAUGUCUGAAGCGUCUCCGUGGUUUCGAAGCGGACCUUGGUAGGCGCGAUUCGGAUCGGAUCGAAUCUCUUGCAAAAAGAGAAUGGACAAACAGAUCGGCAACAGCAGCAGCAAGCAGGAAAACAGCUGGCAAGAGGGAAACGGCGACGGUAACGCGGGAUCCAACCGUAGGAAAAUGACAUCCAACAAGAAGAACGACAAAGAGGCCACCGGCACCACUACCACGCAGGACGUAGCAGUGCCCAAACAAGAGAAGAUGGACUUUUUAAACGUGGAUCUCGAAAUAUUCAUGCAGGCGCUAGAGAAACCGUCGCAAAUUUAUCGAUUUCUACGCACCCGAAACAUGCUGAUGCCGAUAUUUUUGUCCCGGAAUCUGUCGUACAUGCGCAACCGUUGCCUGCGAUCUCACAAGUCGCGCCAGACGUUCAAAAUUGACUCGAUGCUCGGCAAGAAGGUAGCGAAACUGGAAGCCGAAGCGAGCGCCGCUUCCAUGGCGAGCGCGGCCGGCGGUGGGAUCGUAACUAGUGAGUACUUGACGAUACUGUUUCUGGGCUUCUUCGAUGAGUCGAACCAUUCGACCCUAUUCGACGGCUGUGGUCGGGAACGGAGCGUGGUCAUCGAAACGAAUCUGAUCAAGAUCACGCACAAGCGGCACGCCAUUUCGUCCGGGUUGAUGCAGUUUUCGGUUGGGAAGGCCAAGACGCGGGUCAAUCCACCGAAUGAUGGGGACUUGCCGCCGUUCGGUGUUCGCGAGUCCAAGCGGCAGUACGUCACCAUACCGAUCGAUGCGUUCGGCACGCAGGGAUCGCCGAACGGUGAAACGAUCGGUCCGCAGACAACCUUCAUACUGCUGUUUCGGAUCUCGCGCUCCCUGCCUGUCGCUACCAACGGCGCAGUCGAUGUAUACUGUGGCGGCGCCGAUGGCGAAAACGAUGACGAGGAACCGACGUGCAAACGGCAGAAGCUGCACAUCCACACCAGAGUUUUCGGAACGGAGCUCAUCGUGUACGACAAGUACGGCCAGUGUCAGGUGGCGAACGCUGACUACGAGCUUUUGAUGCACGAAAUCGCCGUCCAGCAGCCGACGGUCGUCGGCAAGGGUGGGAAGUGGGAUAGCACGAUGGGACUGACGGCCGAUGGUGAUGAGGUGAUUGAGUACUCACCGGAGGACGAAUGCAGCAAUACCUCGCAGGACGGUGGGAUGGUGAUCGACGAGAUACGCAACGCCCUGCACGAGUACGAGGGCUUCAACAUACCGCCCAAACUGAAACUGCGGGUGCAAUGGACCAAAGAAGCUACGCCUGUACCGUCCGAGAGCUCGAGUCCGAUGGCAGCCGAGCUGGGCGGUGAAGCGUUGAACGGUUCGAGCGACAAGGAGAACCACAAGCCACCCGAAACCAUAUCACCGUCGUCGACUUCGGCUCCCUUCAAGAAGGGACUCAACAUUAACAUCAACAACAACAGCAUCCUCACUCCGGCCGCUGCCACCGCAGGACCUCUCGAUGAGCCGCGCGGCAGUAACGGGCAGUCGCCGGUGGAGGACGUGCCGGAUCCCGACCAAACUAACGGCGGCGGCGGCGGCGGCGGCGGCAACGGUGACACGAAGGUUGUGGUGUAUCAGUUCACCCACAACAACUGCUCGCGCCAGAGAACCGAGCACACCACGGUGUUCCGUUGCCCAUGGUGUAGCGUCAACUGUGGGGCACUGUACUCGCUGUUGAAGCAUCUCAAGCUGAACCACGCGCGGUUCAUGUUCACCUACGUGGCGAUUCCGCAGGGGGCCCAGAUCGAUGUGACGAUAAACGAACAGUACGAUGGCUCGUACAACGGGGCCCCGCAGGAUUUGUUCUUUCCCACGACCGCGUUCACGCGCCGUUUUGUGCCGGCACGCCGAACAGUGGUCACAAAUCUGCUCGUUUGUCGUCCACGGCGUCAGAAGCAGUCCCUGUCGGAGUUUAUCGAGUGCGAGGAAAACGAGUACGACAGCCAGCGACCGUUCAUUACUGGACACAAUAGGAUGUACCACCACACCAUGACCUGUCUGCCGGUGCACCCGAAGGAGCUGGACAUCGAUUCCGAGGCGGAAAGUGAUCCCCUCUGGCUGCAGCACAAGACGAUGCAGAUGAUUGACGAGUUUACCGACGUGAACGAGGGCGAGAAGGAACUGAUGAAGAUGUGGAAUCUGCACGUCAUGAAGUACGGGUACGUCGGCGACUGUCAGAUUCCGAUCGCGCUGGAAAUGUUUAUCGAUCUGCGGGGCCGCGAGCUGUGGGCCCGCAACCUGUACCGCAACUUUGUGCUCCACAUGAGCUCGAUGUUUGACUUUGGGCUCGUAUCGGCCGACGUUAUGCAGCGCACCAUUCGCAAGCUCAGGAAAAUAUUGCACACCAACCCGGAGCUGCAGCGUACGGUUUCGGAGCAUCGUGCCGAACAGACCACGUACUGGAACACGGUGGCGGUGCACAGGCCCGAGAAUCUGAAGCCGGAACCUAGAAGUGGCACCGGAGAACGAACGUCUGGCGCGGGCGCAAGUUCGUCGUCCUCCGGCACCAAUGGCGUCGGAGGCAGCGGCACCGGCGCCGGCACAGCUAGCAACGGCAGCACCUCCGGCACCAGCACCAACGCUGGCGAAGGGCAACAGCGCAAGGUAAAACCCACCAUUACGCCCGCCAAAAACACGGACCCCACAGCCAUAUCGCCUCCCCGACGCCGUAGUGCCAGUGCCGCCGCUAACGCUGCCACAACCAAAGGCGCAGCCAGCAACGCCACGAAACAAACACCAUCCCCAGCUUCGGGCUCGGGCAGCGCGAAAGGGGCCCCUCAUUCGACUGCCAAGAAAACAUCCUCACCAUCAUCUGCCACGGCAGUACCAUCGCUGCCGCCGCCAGCAUCACCAUUCUCAUUGUUAUGCAAAAGACCAACCACUGCCGGCGGACUGCACCUGAAAUCGAUCAUGUCCCCGAUAAUGACUAGAAGAAAAUCUCUUUCCCUAGGCAUCCUCCAGCAGUCGCAGCAGCGGAAGCGUACGUCGAACUGAUUUUGGCAUUUUCCGGCCAAUCGAUAGCGUGUCCUGCAGCGUGUCGUGUAAGUCGGAGAGACAGACAGAGAGCUUAUGUCGGGCGGUGUGUAUCAUCGAUACCAAAUGAUCACAAGAAGGACACACAUUCAGACAGGGAAUCGCGAAAGAGUUGUAUCUUGUAAUAGGAUAUUUUUAUACGUAAAAUACCUUACCGCCCAGAAGGGAGAUAGAGAGAGAGAUAGAGAGGAACACGACAAGGCCAUCGGUUGGCAACGUUGGUAAACAAUACGAGGCGGUGAGUAUAUCAAGAGAGUAGAUUUGGAACGUCCCCGGCGAAGCAUUUGUACCCCACACGGCAGGCAGAAUUGCACAGGGAAACGCUACCCACCAAUGCACACCCCAACAAGGCCCGAUCAAGUCUGAUUAGCAGACAAGUAGUAGAAAGAAGUUCAAAUUGCAUGGACCGGCAUAUGAGAGACAUCCCGCAACGGUCCUGUAGCCUGUUUGUGUGAGUGUGUGUGACCAGCGAGUGUUGUCCCCAUUUUAGCUGUUAACUUACUGUUUAACACACUGUAGCGUGCACUUACGGUAAUCCCGACGAUCCGCAGAUUACAGGGCAGCGCAGUAGUAGUAGAAAAGUGAAGAAGAAAGUGUUCAUGCACUCUCACUGCCAUUCGUCUCACGUACGGAUAUGCAACAACUAAAAGCAAAACUAAACAACCGGCAUACAUUAUCGGUUAGAGGUUGGGUCGGAUUUCAAAUUCUUAAUCGUUCGCCUUCGUUAACGGCCCGACAACAACCACCAUUCGUUUGGGGUUUUAUCAUUUGGAAACACCCUGCGGUGACGGCACCGCAACCGCCUCCUUUGUUGACGUUUGGGGAGAGCGCCGCGCGUCAGGGUGUAGGAUCGAACGAUCUAGUGUUCUUCGGUUGUAUUUCUGUUUUAACUGUAUUGACUUCUUUUUUCGCAUUACGUUCCCUUUAUUAUGGUACGCUUUCCUUUAUUUUCGUUUCAUUUAGUUACUUGCAAUUUAAUCACGCAAUCAAAAAGAACUUAAGAAGUGUGGCGUCGCCCACAGGAAAUUCUUUGUACACUUCCGCGCCGCUCGGCAACUGCGGCAAGAGAGAAACUGAAUUCAAAUAU